CACGAUGAUAGUCACAACACGCCAUGAAAAUGUUGCAAAAACAAUAAGAUGCCCGGAUAGUACUUAUCAUUUACCGCUUUUAUCCAAUGAAGCUUGCAAAUCCUUGUUUCAGGAGCAUGCACUUGCAAAUGGUACGGCUGCUAAUGCAGAUCAAAUUACAGAGACAAUUUAUGAAAAGGUCGUUGAAAGGUGUCGUGGCCUGCCUCUGGCAGCAAAGACCCUCGGUGGUCUCCUAUACUCUAAAUCGAUUGAUACAUGGGAAAAAAUAUUGGACAGCAAAAUAUGGAAUUCAUAUAAAGAAAAUGAUAUUCUCCCAGUAUUGAAGUUAAGUUACCUUUAUCUCCCUUCUCAUUUAAAAAGAUGUUUUGCUUAUUGCGCGAUUUUUCUGGAAGACUAUGAAUAUAAGGAAGAGGAACUUGUGCUUUUGUGGAUGGCAGAAGGAAUCGUUCAACCAACUGAUGAGCAACUACAAGAUACAGGUCAGUAUUUUCAUGAUUUAUGUUCAAGGUCACUUUUUCAAAAAUCAAGCAAUUAUGAUUCUACAUAUAUAAUGCAUGACCUUGUUCAUAAUCUAGCUGAAUCUGUUUCUAAAGAGUUUAAUUUAAGUUCUGAGCAAGCCAUUAUCAAGCUACCGGAAUGUAUUGAAAGGAUUCGUCAUUUUUCUUAUAUUCCUUGUGGAAUAGAGGGAGAAGAGAGAUUCAAAGGCUUGGAAAAACUUCGGCGUCUAAGAACAUUCUUGCCGCUGUUCAUGAGGUCGUCCUAUUAUAGUGAACAAUUUAUAAGUGCUAAGGUUAUUUUUGAUUUGUUGCCACAAUUAAAGAAGUUGAGAGUAUUGUCUUUUGAACGAUACUACAUUACUCAUUCACCUGAUUCAAUUGGAGAUUUGAUGCAUCUAAGGUAUCUGAACUUUUCUUACACUAGGAUCAAAUGUUUGCCUGAAUCAUCAUGCUCUUUAUUGAACUUGCAAACUUUGCUAUUAAGAGAAUGUUCUUGUCUUAUGAAGUUGCCUUGUAACUUGAGAUAUUUGACCAAUUUAUAUCAUCUUGAUAUAAGUGGUCGGAAUUUAUUGAAAGAAAUGCCAUCCAACAUGAAAGAAUUGAAAAAUCUCCAAAUGUUAUCUAAUUUUAUAGUGGGCAAAGAAUCAAGUUCCAAUUUAGAAGAUUUGAAGAGCUUGAAUUUUCUUGAAGGUAAGCUUUGCAUUUCAAAAUUAGAGAAUGUAAAGCAAAUAGGUGGGCUUAUAUUAAACAACAAAAAAGAUUUAAAAAUGUUGUCAUUAGAGUGGGAGUCUCAAUUUGGUGGCUCACGAAAAGAGAGAAAAGAAAAAGAUGUUCUUCUGAUGUUGGAACCUCAUAACAAUCUAGAAGAACUAACAAUUAGAUCCUAUGGUGGUUCAGAAUUUCCAUCUUGGUUAAGCACUUCGUCAUUGCUCUCUAAAUUGGCGGUCCUUAGCUUAGAAAAUUGUGAAAAUUGCACAAACUUGCCUUCUCAAAGCCUACUGAGCUCACUUAAAGAGUUAAAAAUCUUAGGGAUGCUAAAACUAGAAAGAAUAGACAUGCUCAGUUUUUUCAAUUCAUUGGAGAUUCUUUAUUUUGAGGAUUUGCCAAAAUGUCGAUAUUGGGACACAAAAGGGGAAAAUAAGAAUGUUGAAAGAUUCCCAAAACUUCGUAAGCUCUCAAUUAUUGAAUGUCCUAAACUUACUGUAGAAUUGCAUGAUCAUCUUCCUUCACUGGAAGAACUUGUGAUUAAGAAGUGUGCAAAGUGGAUGGUUUCAUUAUCAAGUUUUCCAAAACUCACUAGUUUCACAAUUGAUGAGUGUAAGGAAGUGGUGCCUACUAGUGGUUCUACUGAUGAGACCAUGUCCUUUCAAUCUGAAUCUCUUCCAAAUAUUGCAGAUUUAGAGGAUGAAAAUUGGUUGAGUCAAAAUGUCAACUGUGUUGAGAAGCCGAUAAAAUGGAGUCAUAGCCUCACCUUUGUUAAAAGCUCAAGUAUAAGAAGUUGUAGUAUUUCAUUUCUAAAUGCCAUCUUUCCUAAUUUGAGGGAUCUUUGGAUUACAAAUUGUGAGGCUUUAAAAUCUUUACCGAAAAGAUUGAAGCAAAACAAUAUAGAAAGGUUGACAAUUUGGCAGUGUGAUGCUUUAUUAUUCAUUACCAGAAACACUUUGCCUUGGUCACUAAAAAAGCUUCAGAUAUCAAGGUGUAAGAAAUUGAAACAUUUGGAUGGCAUCAGUUCUACUCUUCUUGAGUCCUUAGAGAUUGAAAGUUGCGAAUCACUCACGCAUCUAUCAUCACAAGGAUUACUACCUAACACACUCAAACGGUUGGUCAUUAGAAACUGUAUAAAUCUCACAACAUUAUCAUCAAGAAGCUGGUGCGUACAUAAAAAACUUGAAUUCCUCUAUAUUUGGAAUUGUCCAUGGCUAAAGUCACCAGAAGAGGCAUGUCACAAUAGUUCAUGUCUUAAAAGUCUGAAUUUAUAUGGUCUUCAAAACCUUGAUUUGUUUGGCAAACAAAAUCUUACUAGUCUUCAAAACUUAUGGAUAAGGCAAAGUUCGAUUUCAUUGCCAAUUGAAGGCAUUCCAACUAGCCUAACCUCUCUUGAUAUCAUUGGAGAUGUUGAAAUGAGUAAGACACCAAUUAGAUGGGGAUUGCACAAACUCACCUCUCUUAAAGCACUUUCAAUAAGUGGAUUUGAAGAUCCAGAGUUGAUUCUAUCAGAGGACCAACGAAUGCCCCCUUCUCUUGAAGAUUUGGUCAUCUCUACUUUGGCACCAUUCAGAUCUAUUUCAGACUUGGGCACACUCACCUCUCUUAAGAGCUUGGAAAUUCCGAAUUCAAAUCUCAACUCAAUUCCAGACCUACAAAGCCUUGUAUCACUUAAGAGCUUCAGUAUUUGGAACUGCCCAAAGAUGAAAUCAAUUCCAGGUUUUGGAAGCCACAACACCCUUGAAAAAUUUAAUAUUUAUCAAUGCCCAGAGCUCGAUUCAGUUGCAUGCCCGGGAAAUCUUACUUCUCUUCAAACCUUGAGGAUUUUUGAUUGCCCAAAGCUCAAAUCAGUUUCAUGCCUGAGAAAUCUUACUUCCCUUCAGACCUUGUGGAUUUUCGAUUGCCCAAAGCUCAAAUCCCUCACAAGCCCUCCACCCUCACUUCUGGAAUUAGAAAUUCGCAGAUGUCCAUUGAUAAUAAAACAUUGGAGGAGAGGUAAAGGGAAGUAUUGCUCAAAGAUUGCUCACAUCCCUAGAGUUCAAAUCGAUUUUAAAUCCGUCUUCAAUUCAAAGGAGGAAUAAUUGCUUUGAAUUAAUUGUAAUCGAAGCAUGAAGUCAGAUAAUCAUCUCUAUUUCAUUCAAUUCAAGGUGUGUGGUUUUAUCCAUAGCUUUUUAUAUUGACAAUGUAUUUUAUAUCCUGUGUCUUAAGUUAAGUUACUCUUAUUUUAACUUGCCAGAUGAUCAUCAUCACAUCAAGGAGACAACCACAGUGGGCAGAUUUGUUACGUAUCCACCAUUGAGAUGAAGAAACAACUGGAGGCAGAAAUUCGAACAAUUUUGUAUCUCAAAAUGAAGACUCGAAAAGAGAAUUGUCUAAUUCAGAUCCAGGUAUUGAGAUGGAGAAACAAUUGGAGGCAGAAGUUCGCUCAUGUUUUUACCUCGAAGGAUUUUUCAGCUUUUUUUUUUCUGCAUAAAAAGGAUGUCUUUGGUUACCAGAUUUGGGUUUCUUUUAGGAUGAUCGGUCCAUUUUGUUGUUGGGGUGGAUUGAAAGUGAUUAUGGUUCAAAAAUUCCAAAAUUUCAGAGAGGGCUUCCUGGAUAUGUAAAUCUUAUUGUCACACCAUUGCACCAGAAGCGUAUUGUGAUGAUAGCAGGAAUUUGAAGGCUGAAAAAUUGUUGCAACAGAGCGGCAUAUGUAGGCUGUUUGCUAGAUUGUUCAUAUAGUGAGAUACGACUCUGUGAUUGGUACUCGAAGAAAGUUCAAGACCAACAAAUGAAAGAAUUUCAAGUUAAAGUUCAAGAGGAGUUCGAAUAACCUGAACAAGAUACUCGAUGUAUUUCAGAUAUAGGUUUUAGCAACUGAAAGUAAGUGACUUUAAAAAGUAAUUUAGUAAAAAGUAAGUCUUUGCAUUAUGUGUUUGAUUUCAUUUUUGUAACUGACAAUUGAAUUUUAGCUUAGUGAUUUGAUUUGAGCCGGACAUGGUCCCAUGGAUGUAGGCUGAGAUAUAUCUCAGCUGA